AUGCUCGUCAACGGUGCGCAAAGUGAUACUUCCUUCCAGCGCAAAACAGGCUAUGUGCAGCAGCAAGAUGUACAUCUCUCAACAUGCAGUGUGCGAGAGUCACUUGAAUUUAGUGCACUCCUCCGGCAGCCUUCUGACGUGCCACGGGAGGAUAAGCUCGCCCAUGUGGAGGAAGUGAUCAGGCUCCUUGAGAUGGAAGAGUAUGCGGACGCCAUUGUUGGUAUCCCCGGUGAAGGGCUGAACAUCGAACAGCGCAGACGUCUCACUAUUGGUAUUGAAUUGGCUGCAAAGCCUGAAUUGCUUCUUUUCUUAGAUGAACCAACCUCUGGACUGGACUCACAGACAUCGUGGACUAUUUGCCAGCUCUUGAAACGACUUGCACAUAGUGGCCAGGCCAUCCUGUGCACCAUUCACCAGCCGUCAGCUAUCUUGUUCCAGCAGUUUGACAAUCUGCUGCUUCUAGCAAAAGGCGGCAAAACUGUGUACUUUGGAGAAAUUGGGCAGAAUUCGGCUACCCUCAUCCGAUACUUGGAGACCAACGGAGGAACACAGUGUCCUCCAGGCGCCAAUCCAGCUGUAUGGAUGUUGGAAGAGAUCGGCGCCGCACCAGGAUCAGAUACCACUGUCGAUUGGCCGAGGGUCUGGCGAGACUCGCCUGAGCACCAGUCUGUUCGAGCGAAAUUGCAAAAGCUCCGAGAAUCUAGGACUACCAUAGGCGUAACACCUCAUAUGCACACGUUGAGACAGCCAAGCAAUAGGGCUUAUGCUUCGUCUUUUCUGCAGCAGUGGUGGCUCGUUCAGAAACGUAUCGCAGCCCAAUACUGGCGAAGUCCGUCGUAUAUAUAUUCCAAAGUCUGCCUCACCGUGGGAUCGAGUUUGUUCAUUGGCUUCAGCUUUUACAACGCUCCGAACACCAUCCAGGGGCUUCAGAACCAGAUGUACGCAGUGAUGAUGUUAUUGAGCAUGUUCGGGCAACUCAGCGAGCAGAUUAUGCCUCAGUUCAUCGAUCAGCGAGAUGUUUAUGAGGCGCGUGAGAGGCCCUCCAAAAUGUAUGACUGGAAAGUCUUGAUGCUGAGCAACCUCGCGAUUGAGAUUUUCUGGAACACGUUGAUGGCAGUGGUGGCCUACUUUUGCUGGUACUAUCCUAUCGGACUGUAUCAGAACGCUACCUCCACCCACGAAGUCGCCCCGCGCGGCUGCCUAAUGUUCCUGUUCAUCUGGGCCUUCAUGAUGUUCACUAGUACCUUUACGCACACCCUUAUCGCUGGGAUGGACAGUGCCGAUUCUGCUAGCAGUGUUGGGAAUAUAUGCUACAUGCUUUGCAUGACGUUCUGUGGUAUUCUCGUCAAAAAGUCCUCGUUACCCGGCUUCUGGAUAUUCAUGUACUAUGUCUCUCCAUUUACCUGGCUCGCUUCAGGUCUUCUUUCGACCGGUGUAGCGAACGCGGAGAUCGAAUGUGCACCUAAUGAAUAUGUUAGGUUUCUACCGCCAGCAGGUCAGUCAUGUGGCUCGUACAUGGCAUCUUAUAUCUCGUUGUCCGGCGGAUACUUGGUCGAUCCACAUAAUACCGAGCAUUGCCAGUUUUGUCCGUUGAGCAACACGAAUGAUUAUCUCUCUACAGUCAAUAUUCGCUUGGAGGAUCGCUGGAGGAAAUUCGCCCUUGUUCUGGUCUAUAUUGUGUUUAAUGCCGUGGCGGCUUUAGCUGUGUAUAAGCUAGUUCGCAUGCCAAGAAGGAGCAAGGUUUGA